AUGAUAAAAAAUUGCUGUUCAAGAGAAGAACUUCAACUAGUGUCAAAUAAUGGCUUAGAAGACAGCAAAGUACAAAGAGACAAAUUUGUGUCCAUACGUGAAGCAGUAGCAAAAUUAUCAAUAUACAGUGGUCAAGGUUUUGUAAAAUGUCAAUAUCAAGCAGGAAAGUGGCAAUGUCAGACCAAUCAGUGCUUAUGUUUUAAGAAAAAUCUCAAAUGUUCCAACAAAUGCCACCAAAUAACAACAUGCGACAACAAGUAA